UUUUUGACCAAAAACAUAAAAAAAAAAAAAAAAAAAAAAAAACUGAAGGCAAUAUUUUGGGGAAAAAGCUCUAACCGUUGCAAACUUUUCUUUUUCAUCAUCUUCAUGUUUCGGUUCGUUCCUGGCCUCUCCGUCCAUGGCGCAUCAUCAACGUUGAUCUCUGAGGAUGGCAGCCCCUCUGUUAUCCUUCCCCCUGACCAAAAUCCAUGGAACAAUUCCUCUGCAUCGCAAGAUGAACGUACCAAACACUUUUCUCUGUGUUGUGAAAUUGUGAACAGCAUAGCGCAAGCUACUCUCCCUACGGAAUUUCUCAGUCACUCCCAAUCUUUGUGGACCAACUAUAUUGUCGGAUACUUUACUGGUAAUCCUCCACAUAUAUAAAAAGUCCACGCAACUGCCAUUAAUAGACUGUGGUCUGCUCUUGACAAACCAUCAAAAAUAUAUAGACGCUCAGAACAAACAGAAUACAUUUUCUCGAGAAAAGUCCAAUCUCCGACCACGACGAUGGUUCCAACGGAGAUCAAAGACCGCCUAGCCCGUUCCUUUGAACAAAUGCGCAUCACGCGCAUCUUGGAUGACACAACGCUAAAGAACUGCUCGAACGAGAUCGCACGUGUUCUUCUUGACGCCGAUUUUCCUGAAUCGCUUGUGGCUGAGUUUGAGGGGCAAAUACAGACGGUCAUCGAUACCAAUGAGGCGUCGGAGGAGAAGUGCAACCUAAUAUACAAGACAAUCUUGGAAGAACUUUCUACGAUUCUAGACCCCCGAAAAUCUGCAUCCAUUCAGGGAAAGAAUGAAAGCAUUGUAAUGUUUAUCGGCCUACAAGGUUCUGAAAAGAGCUACACAUGCGCCAGAUAUGCUCGUUACCACAUGACAAUGGGAUUCAAGCCUGCUUUAGUGUGCGCUGAUACUUUUGCGAUCGAUGCUUUUGAUUUGCUAAAGAAAGCUUCCAAAGACAAGGUCCCUGUGUACAGAAGCCGCAAGAGAGAUCCUGCCAAAAUCGCCAGCGGUGGAAUUGCAAAGCUCAGGAAACAUAACCGUGAUUUCAUAGUUGUAGACACCACUAGCCGGCACACAGAGUGUUUUGCGUUGCUUGUAGAGAUGCGCCGAUUAGCCAAUGCAGUGAAACCAGAUCUUGUAAUAUUUGUCAUCGACGGGAGUGUCGGUAAGGAUGCAUUUGAACAAGCUCGUGCAUUCAGGGAGAGCUUCCCUGCUGGGGUUGCUAUUGUUACCAAAAUAAACACCUACCCAAAGUCCUUUGGUGCUCUCGCGGCUGUUGCCGCAGCAGAGUGUCCGAUGAUAUACUCCACAAAAGGAGAGAAGGGUGAGGAGUUCAAAGUAUUUGAAGCAGAGUCGUUUGUCAGGCAGCUCAUGCCAGCAAAUCAAGAUCAUGAACGUGAGGAUAACACUCCUGAAUUUGCAUAUACAUUGAGGAAAAUGCAUGCUUAUUUCAGUAAAGCAUGUCAGGGAAAGGUUUUGAGCGGUCCUAGGCCACUGGUAGACAUUCCAACGAUGAAGCUGUACAUCCAAAUAAUGGACAACAUGACAAGUGAAGAGCUCGAAAAAUCAGAAAUAAGCAAGGAACGUAUGGUGCAUUUAGCUGAACAAUCUAAUGUAGAUGUGAUUCAAGUUGUGGGCAUGAUGACAGUGUACAAGAGGAAGGCCAAGGCGUGGCUUGAGAUUGAGGAGAGAAUGGGUAAAUUGAAUAGUAUAUAUAACAAAUGGUACUUACAAAAAUGAAGUUGUAUGUAAUGGGAUGAGGUACCUAACCCGUCUGUGUUAAUGGUACCCGAGUUUUCAUUUGGGUAUGUUAACGAUAAGGAUGAGUCUUCAAUUUUAUGAGAAACUCAACCAAAAUUUCUUAAAACAUAUAAUACUAAUAGGACAAUUCUCUCAAG